UGUAGGCAAACACACACCCGCAAGCUUGGCUAAUUAUUACCUGAACAGUGAAAAUAGUUUAUCAAAACGACAACAACAUUUUGAUUACCAGAUAGGGGCUUAAACAUGAAGGCAAGUGGAUGUUGUGGUAAGAAAUGUCAAAUCAUUUCAAGUGGUCUGAUUGGAGCAGUGUUGGUUGUAUUGGGUGGGAUUUUAAUGACAGUGUUUGAUAUUCUGUAUGAUCAUGUUAUAUCAAAGCAAGUUGCAGUUGUUCCAGGCACAGUGAUGUACAAUUUAAACUGGUAUGAUGUCAAAACUCCAGUCUACCGAAGCUUUUAUCUUUUCAAUGUAACAAACAAAGAGGAAUUCUUGGCUCAAAAACCAGGGAAAUAUGUGAAGCCAGUUCUGCAGGAAAUUGGACCUUAUACUUACAGGGAGUUUUUGGCGAAAGACAACAUUCAAUAUCUUGAGUUUAACAAAACAUAUCCAGAGCAAGUAUAUUACAGACAAACUGCUAUCUUUACAUUUGACCAGGAACGAAGCAAUGGAAGUGAAACUGAUGUUGUUACAACUUUAAACUUUAUUAUAGCUUUGCUACCUGGUUUAAUUGACCAUAUAUUUGAAGAAGGCCCAGCAAGAGAUGCAAUUUAUACAGUCUUUAAUAAACUAAUAAGAGACACAGAUUCAGAGAUCCUAUUUACAAUGACAGUAGGGGAGUAUUUGUUUGGGUUUCAAGACCCACUAUUGACAGCUUUGUUAAAUAUUAUUGCUCCUGGAUCGGAUGAUGUGUUUGGUUUAUUCUUGUUGACAAACCAGUCAAGAGGUUGGAGAGAUUACCAAGUUUAUACAGGCAGACAUUUUCCUCAUCUUAACAAUGAGAUCACAAAAUAUAGAAAUAUGAGUGAACUGCCGUACUGGUUUGGAGAGACAUGCAACAUGAUCAAUGGAACAGAUGGCACUAUGACUCAUCCAUUUAUGGACAAAAGCAAGCCAACCUACUUUUUCAUUGAUGAAAUGUGCAGAUCUCUGCAUGCUGUAUAUGAAUCUGACUUUACUGUGGAAGGUAUAAAGGGCUGGAAAUAUUCAGUUCCUCCUGAGAUAUUCCAAUCACCUCUGAUUAAUGAAGACAACUCAUGCUUCUGUGCUGAUUUAAAUCACACAGUUUGCCAACAUUCAGGGGCAAUCCUUGUCAGCAGCUGUUACUAUGGUGUUCCCCUUCUUGUUUCUUUGCCACACUUUUUAUAUGAGGAUGGUUUCUAUAGCGAAAAGUUGGUUGGAAUGAACCCUAAAAAGGAAUUACAUGAAAUGGUUUUAGUUUAUGAACCGACCACUGGAAUGAUUAUUAAAACUGAAAGUCGAAUUCAACUUAAUAUUUAUAUGAAGCCGAAUAAAAAAGUAAAAGCACUGAACAAAAUACAAGAGGAGUUUGGGUUUCCUUUGUUAUGGUUAAAUGAAAAUGCUGUCCUGCAACCCAGUGAAGCAUCAUGGUUUUCUAAACUUCUGUACAAAGUAGAUGAUGUUGUUAUACUUCUGCAAGUUCUAAUUUGUGUCUUGGGAGCUGCAUUGAUGUCACUAUCUUUGCUCUGCUACCUUCGUUGCAGGAAGGCGUAUAAAACUACAAAGAGAGCUGGGAGCAGAAAAAACCUCAUUAUUGGACAGUACAAUAAAGAUGCAGAGUUACCAACAGUUACUCAAAAUUGCGUCAAGUUUUAAAUUCACUUUACAAAUAUAUUAGAACACAUUUAUUUCUUAUAAUAAACAUGCAUUACUGAGACCAUAUGUAAAUUGUGUUAGCUGGUGCUUCAAACAUAAAUUUUCAAUCUUAUUUUUCUCAUCACAAUUUAUUGUACAUUUUUGUAAGUGUUUUAUUUCUCGACAAAAAUGAAUGUAUACUCAAUAAAUCCACAAUUUUAUUAUUAA